ACCGCCUCCGCCGCGGACCGUCUGCCGCCGCCGCUGCUCCGAGCGGCGGGCCUGAGAGCCACCAGAACAUCAGGAGAGAUGGACAAGCCACUCAUCAGCCGCCACCUGGUGGACAGUGACGGCAGCCUUGCUGAGGCCCCCAGUGAGGUUCCCAAAGUGGGCAUCCUGGGCAGCGGGGACUUUGCCCGCUCCCUGGCCACACGCCUGGUGGGCUCCGGCUUCAGCGUGGUGGUGGGGAGCCGCAACCCCAAACGCACGGCUGGGCUGUUCCCCUCAGCAGCACAAGUGACUUUCCAGGAGGAGGCAGUGGGGUCCCCAGAGGUCAUCUUCGUGGCUAUGUUCCGGGAACACUACUCCACACUAUGUGGUCUCAGUGACCAGCUGGCCGGCAAGAUCCUGGUGGACGUGAGCAACCCCACAGAGCAGGAGCACCUUCGGCACCAUGAGUCCAAUGCUGAGUACCUGGCCUCCCUCUUCCCCGCCUGCACAGUGGUCAAGGCCUUCAAUGUCAUCUCUGCCUGGACCCUGCAGGCUGGCCCAAGGGAUGGAAACCGGCAGGUGCCCAUCUGCAGUGACCAGCCAGAAGCCAAACGCGCCGUCUUGGAGCUGGCGCAGGCCAUGGGCUUCACCCCCGUGGACAUGGGGUCCCUGGCCUCGGCCCGGGAGGUGGAGGCCAUGCCCCUGCGCCUCCUCCCAGGCUGGAAGGUGCCUGCUCUCCUGGCCCUGGGGCUCUUCGUCUUCUUCUACACCUACAACUUCAUCCGCGAUGUGCUGCAGCCCUACCUGCAGGAGGGCAAGAACAAGUUCUACCAGCUGCCUGUGUCCGUGGUCAACACCACGCUGCCCUGCGUGGCCUACGUGCUGCUGUCGCUGGUGUACCUGCCCGGCGUGGUGGCGGCGGCCCUGCAGCUGCGCCGCGGCACCAAGUACCGCCGCUUCCCCGACUGGCUGGGCCACUGGCUGCAGCACCGCAAGCAGAUCGGCCUGCUCAGCUUCUUCUGUGCCGCCCUGCACGCGCUCUACAGCUUCUGCCUGCCGCUGCGCCGCUCGCACCGCUACGAGCUGGUCAACCUGGCCGUCAAGCAGGUCUUGACCAAUAAAAGUCACCUCUGGAUCGAGGAGGAAGUCUGGCGGAUGGAGAUCUACCUGUCCCUGGGAGUGCUGGCCCUGGGCACGCUGUCCCUGCUGGCUGUCACCUCACUGCCAUCCAUCGCAAACUCACUCAACUGGAGGGAGUUCAGCUUUGUUCAGCCGCAGACUCUCCAAGAUCCGGAGGGGCUGGGAGAAGGAUGGCGCCGUCAAGUUCACGCUGCCAGUGGACCGCGCCCUGGCCCAGAAGACAAGCCACGUGUGAGGUGCCUGCACCCGGCUCCGGAAGCCAGACACAGGCAGGACAGUGCCCAGAGUCUCUCAGGACUUCUCGCCUUGAUCAUGCAGGACAACAGAAUUACACACAGAUUGGUGGGUUGAGGUCUGAAUUCCUGGGACGUGUGUGGUAAUAUUCAGAAUGACACACCUGUGUGUGAUAUGUAUGUCCAUAUGUAUUUCAUAUAUAUAACAGGAUUUGCAAUUAUACUUACUUAGCUAAAAAGUUGAGUCCCUGAGAUUUCAACCUGUAGAUUUAAAAGCAAGUGUCAGAUGUUAGGAGAACAGCAGCUCACACUACUGUGACAUUUACAGAGAUGCACAGACUUUUUGCACAGAAAAGGCAGUGAGAGGCUUGCACUUUGGUGGAUUCCAUCCAUUUAUGCACCUCCCCGCCCACCCCUUUUUGCUACUUUCCCAAGGCUUUUGCAGAACUGGGGCUCCAAGGUGGCAGGAGAGACAAGAGCUCUGCCUGGAGCCCAGUUUGGGUGCACAGGGCUGACGAGUCUCCAGUGAGCAGGCGGUGCAGCUCCGUCUUUGGCUGCAGCAGGAGGCCAGGCGGGAUUGAGGGCACUGGGGGUGAGCUUGUGUCUGUUCUGGGUGCCACCUGAAGGUCCAUCCUUUGCCAGGUUGCGGGGUGUGAAGGGGGAGGGAUUGGAGCUAAGCCUGCUCCCCCUACUUCUCCCUGAGCUGGGAGAUCUUUUCCUGAAAGUCAGAAGUCACCACGGCAGCUGCAAAUUGAUCCUCCUGUGGGAGUGUGAAGUCACCUCCUUGCCAGAACCACUAAUGAACCCUGUCUUGAGAACAAGUGUAAUUUCUUUCCUUCCUUUAAGUUGGUGAUGACCGUUCUUUAAACCGCUGUGCCUUCUCACCUUGUAAAUCAUUAGUUUGAAUGUCUCCCAGGAAGGCCUAGAGCAGACCCUUUAAAAGUUGGUUCAGGGGGAAGGGAAAACAAGACCCAGAGUGCAGCGUGACAGCCCCGCCUUUCUUGGGACCCCAUCCAGAGGGCUAAAGGAUGGAUUGUCCUCACUGAACUGGUUCUGUGGAAGGACACCGGGGACCUCUUCAAAUAUCUUCUGCUGCUACCAGGCAGAGAACCUGCCUUCCAAGCACCCCGAAAACCACACUGGCUCCAAGUUCCUCCUAAUGCAAGGUUAUGUUUCAAAAUAGCUGGAAGGGUCUUCUCCUCCAAAGCCACAAAUUUGAAACACUGCUGCUCCAAAGCACAAGAGGCUGCAGGGCAUGUAUCCUUGAAUCACAAGCCAUCCCUCACUGAUUCAUACUGAAACUGUUUUUAUUUCCCCUGUAGAGAGAAUCAGCUGUUCUUGGCUGAGCCCCCAACCCAGGGCAGAAUCAGGAUGAUGUGUCAUCUUUUGAACACAAAGGGGUGCGGUCCUGAUGGAGGACAUCAGUGAGACGUACCCAGGAUGGGGGUGUUGGUCACGCUUAUAUUCUUAGGUCUCCUGGGCCAGAGGGCAUCUUAGGAUGGAAUAGAGUCAGCUGGCAAAAGCUGACCCAAGAGCGCCAGAGGGGCGGAUGCUUCUGCCUCCCCACAGAGACUGCACUGGCUCAUGGCUGUGAAGCACAUUAGGGUCCUUUAGCGAAAAGGGACAAAAGAGCCAAGUGCAAGCAUAUCUCAUUGGGCCAGUGACUGAUGGAGGGAAGGCGGUGCAGGCAAAGCUGCCCGCUUCCUGCAGAUGUUUUCCAUCCGCAGCUCAAAGGCUGAGCAGCACAAGCUUGCCUCCCAGAUGGGCCCUGAUGGAGUGGCAGCCUUGGCCUCAGAGAGGCUUGCUGGAAAGGAGGCAGGCAAAGCAGACAUGUCAGCAUCUGCUUGACAAAAUGAGGGCCCAUCGAUUUCCUGCUGAUAGGAAGCAGGGAGAACAUGGGCAGCUGGGACCCACCAAGGAUUAUCAACCCCGGUCAGUAUUGGCUGCCCUUUUUCUCUGGCCCUCCCCAGGCCCAGGAUGUUUCCUUAUACCAAAGAUGCUGACACAGAGCCAAGUUUAAUGUGCUCCCUCCCCUUCCCACCCAGGAGGGGACAGGUGCAGCAGAGGACCUGGCCACCCGCAAACUGGACAAUCAGCUCAUGAGAGGCAGGGUGGGCUGUGUGCUUGGCCUUGACCUGCUGUCUGCUGCUGCCCUUCCCUACCUCAUCAGGCAGCUGGCAACCGCACCCCCGUGAGAGCAAGUCUCUCCCUUACAGCCUGGGAAAUUCUAUGUGCCUCUGGGUACAAAAGUGCCUGAACCAAAGUGCUCUGGAAACCCUAAAUGCCAUGGUCUGAGGUUGAAUGUUUAAAAUCUAUGCUGUUGGAACUGUUUGUGUAUUUUGUUUUUACCUUGUAGAGCUUGUCUGAGAAACAGCAAAAAUAAACACCUAACUUCCCGUGAA